AUGCCAUCAUUACGAAAACCUACGAAGUUUGGGAACAAGUUCCGUUCUAGCGGUGCGUCCUUCAAUCCGAAACGAACAAAAACAGUCGAGUUCGCGUCCCUCCGAUCCACCGAAGCGACGUCGCAAGAUGAGAAAUUUGAAGCAAUUCGGUUGGCGAGCGGCAUCGACGAGGCCAUGGGCUUUCCGCGCUUUGAAUCCGGUGAAAAGAGAGAGGGGUGGUUGAUCAACAUGCACAGCACCUCGAUAGAAGACUCGAAUGUUCCUGGAGGUCGCGCCGGCGUGGAUUAUUAUUUCCUCGAGGAUGACGGUGGAAGUUUCAAAGCGACUGUUGAAUAUGAUCCCUAUUUCAUUAUCGCUGUGAAGAAAGGCCGUGAAGCCGAGGUCGAGGAAUGGUGCAGGAGGAUGUUCGAAGGACUUAUAAAGAAGAUCACACGGGUAGAGAGGGAAGAUCUCAAUAUGCCAAACCAUUUGCUAGGGCAUCGCAGAGAGUUCAUGCAGUUGAACUUUGCGAAUGUCAGUCAUUUGCUGGAGGUUCGCAAGACCCUGCUCCCGCUCGCAGAGAAGAAUAAGGAAACUGUGAAUGUGAUGGAUGCAUAUGUGGAAAUGACCAGCGCGAGCGCUGGCUUUGACCUUUUUGAUGACGAACUAAUUAAUGAGACACGACCUAAUGGAAAUAUGAACGCAAGUGAUUUUAUAAUUGAUAUUCGAGAAUAUGAUGUGCCUUAUCAUGUCAGAGUCGCAAUUGACAAAGACAUUCGUAUAGGUAAAUGGUAUAGCGUGGAAGCGAAACAUGGCGUCGUCGAACUGAGCUGCAUCGAAGAACGACUCCAAAGAGCCGAUCCUGUUGUUCUUGCUUUCGAUAUUGAAACGACGAAGCUGCCACUCAAAUUCCCCGACUCCGUAGUCGACCAGAUUAUGAUGAUUUCGUACAUGAUUGAUGGGCAAGGAUUCCUGAUUACGAACCGUGAGAUUGUUUCCGAGGAUAUUAGCGACUUCGAGUACACCCCAAAGUCCGAAUACCCCGGACCAUUUAUGAUCUUCAACGAACCAGAUGAAAGAACUGUUCUAGAACGCUUCUUCGAGCACAUCAAGGAGGCUAAGCCGACUGUCAUUGCCACAUAUAACGGUGACUUUUUCGAUUGGCCUUUCGUCGAAGCCAGAGCGAGCGUUUUGGGAAUCGAUAUGUACACGGAGAUUGGCUUUCGGAAGAACAGCGAAGACAUCUAUCAGAGCGACCACUGCGUGCACAUGGAUUGUUUCGCCUGGGUCAACCGUGACAGUUAUCUCCCACAGGGAAGUCGUGGUUUGAAGGCUGUUACCGUUGCGAAGCUGGGAUACGACCCCGAUGAACUCGAUCCAGAACUGAUGACACCAUACGCAAGUGAACGCCCGCAGACGCUAGCCGAAUAUUCGGUUUCCGAUGCUGUCGCCACAUACUACCUGUACAUGAAAUACAUUCACCCUUUCAUCUUCUCGCUAUGCACGAUUAUUCCUCUGAAUCCUGAUGAUACCCUGCGGAAAGGAACUGGUACCCUGUGUGAAAUGCUUCUGAUGGUUCAGGCAUAUAAGGGAGAGAUCAUCCUGCCGAACAAACAUAAAGAUCCUCCAGAAUCUUUCUGGGAAGGUCAUCUGCUUGAAUCCGGAACUUAUGUCGGUGGUCACGUCGAGAGUAUCGAAGCAGGUGUCUUCCGGAGCGACAUCCCUGUUACUUUCAAAGUUGACCCUACUGCCUUCGAUGAAUUGCUACGAGACCUAGAUGCGGCCUUGAAAUUCAGUAUCGAAGUUGAAGAGAAGAAGUCGCUGGAUGAUAUCGCAAACUACGACGAAGUCAAAGAACAAAUAGCGAAACUCCUGGUCGACCUGAGAGACAAGCCUAACAGAGAUGAGGUGCCUUUCAUCUAUCACUUGGAUGUCGCUUCCAUGUAUCCGAACAUUAUGAUCACGAAUCGAUUACAACCCGACUCCAUGAUCCAAGAGUCCGACUGUGCCGCCUGUGACUUCAACCGACCCGGGAAAACGUGUGAUAGAAGAAUGCCCUGGGCAUGGCGUGGAGAAUUCCUUCCUGCUAAGCGCGACGAGUACAAUAUGAUUCGACACGCUGUCGCGAACGAGAGGUUUCCGGGCAAGACAAAGAAUAGUCCGAUGAGAGCGUUCGGAGACAUGAACGCUGAGGAACAAGCGGCAAUAGUCAAGAAACGGUUGCAAGACUACAGUAAGAAGAUCUAUCAUAAGAUCCACGACAGUAAGACGAUGGAGCGGGAGGCCAUCAUCUGCCAACGAGAGAAUCCGUUCUAUGUGGACACUGUCCGAAGCUUUCGUGAUCGGCGUUACGAUUUCAAGGGCAAACAGAAGGUUUGGAAGAACAAGACAGAUUCCCUCAAGUCGUCAGGUGCACCUACAGCGGAGGUCGAUGAAGCCAAGAAAAUGAUCAUUCUUUACGACUCCUUACAACUUGCCCACAAGGUCAUUUUGAACAGUUUCUAUGGUUAUGUCAUGCGAAAAGGAUCGCGCUGGUAUUCCAUGGAGAUGGCCGGUGUAACCUGUUUGACUGGUGCUCGCAUCAUUCAGAUGGCACGAGAGCUUGUUGAGCGCAUUGGUCGACCCCUGGAACUUGAUACUGACGGUAUCUGGUGUAUGCUUCCCGGGACGUUUCCAGAGAACUUCUCGUUCACUCUGAAGAACGGCAAGAAACUGGGGAUUUCUUAUCCUUGUGUUAUGCUAAACCACCUUGUUCAUGGAAAAUACACAAAUCACCAAUACCAGACGCUUGUGGACCCGAAGACGUUCCGGUAUGAGACGCAUAGCGAUAAUUCGAUUUUCUUCGAAGUCGAUGGGCCGUAUAGGGCUAUGAUUUUGCCUACUUCCAAGGAGGAAAACAAGAACUUGAAAAAGCGUUAUGCUGUUUUCAACCCUGAUGGAUCUCUCGCGGAACUUAAGGGUUUCGAGGUUAAGCGGCGAGGAGAAUUGAAAUUGAUCAAGAUUUUCCAAACGCAGAUUUUCCGUUUCUUUUUGGAGGGCUCAACGCUCGAGGAAACAUAUGCGGCAGUGGCGAGGGUGUCCGAUAGAUGGUUGGACGUGCUCUACGAUAAAGGUUCAACUCUCGCCGAUGAAGAACUUAUCGACCUUAUUUCCGAGAACAGGAGCAUGACCAAAACACUCGAGGAGUAUGGUUCUCAGAAAUCGACAUCUAUCACCACUGCGAGACGACUGGCAGAGUUCCUGGGCGAGCAGAUGGUUAAGGACAAGGGUCUCAACUGCAAGUACAUCAUUUCUUCCAAACCAAGGAACACGCCUGUCACCGAUCGUGCCAUUCCAGUUACGAUCUUCUCAGCUGAGGAGAACGUGAAACGAUUCUUCUUACGGAAAUGGCUAAAAGACGACCCUGGUGACAUGGACCCCCGGAGUGUGAUUGACUGGGACUAUUAUCUGGAGCGGUUGGGUUCAGUCGUCCAAAAGCUUGUUACCAUUCCAGCUGCUCUCCAGAAAAUCAGGAACCCCGUGCCACGAGUUUCUCACCCCGACUGGUUGCAACGACGCAUCAAUGUCAAAGAUGACAAAUUCAAGCAGAAGAAAAUGACCGAUCUCUUCGGGAAGUCAGAGAAGAACCCACUUGCGGAUAUAUCAACCAACAUCCUUGAGCAUCGUGUUCAGCAUGCCGGUGACAUGAACGAGGUCAUUUUGUCCACGCAGAAAUCGAAGACAUCGCCCAACGAAAAGACAUCGCAGAAACGGAAGCACCCCGAAGGUCUUGCCAAGACGUCUCUCGACCCUUACGCCAGUCUACCAGCGAAGAUGCCGUCGAUGACAGAGGAUUAUGUCGGGUUCCUCAAAUACCAGAAGCAGAAGUGGAAAAUUCAAAAGCAAGCGCGUGUGCGUCGCCGUCAGCUCUUUGGCGAGAAACCUAACCUUGCCUCUGAUUCUCUGAGCAACUAUUUCCGAAACCAGGCUGAGUUGCUCUACAUCAGUACUUGGCAGGUCGUCCAACUUUGCGAGACAGGCAGACCUGGCAUUGUGCGAGCUUUCGUCUUGAUCGACCAGAAGAUUCACACCCUCACCAUUAAAGUUCCGCGGCAGAUCUUCAUCAACCUGAAGUGUGACUCUCUCCCCGAUGUCGAUGUCCCAGAGUGUGAGGUUGAGAAGGUCAACCACACACUACCCAAUGGACAUCCUUCGGUCCAUUUGUUCAAGUUGACCUUAUCUGAGGAUGUAUUUCUGCAAGAAUCUGAGAGGAUCGACGCGCUCCUACAACACCCAAGUAUCGAGGGUGUCUAUGAGAAGAACAUUCCGUUGAAUGUCCGUGCUGUGCUGAAGCUUGGCAGCGUAUGCACAUUUGAUGAGGAACAACGAGGAGUUCUUGGUGAUGGAUUAGACAAAGGUUUCGAUCUCUCAGCGCUAUGCCAUGCCAAAUCUGAACAGCCUUACCUACUGGAUUCGAACAUGGCCUAUCACUACCUGUACCACGUUGUUUCCGGCGACAGGCAAAUAUUCGCUCUCUUUUCGACCACGAAGAGUGAAGCCCACAUCGUCAUUCUCAACCGAACGCGAGACGUUCAGGGCUUGCCCAAUGUCGAUAAGAUUUACACGGAACUUCUUGGCCGCAGAAUGCAAUCCAUGGAGGGUGACCCAACACAAGGUGCAUUCCCGUACCAGGAGAAGAUCCAUUUUAGAACCACACAGGUCACAACUCGGAGGAAAGCCCACUUGGAGGUUAGCGACCUAAUCAAGAAAUUCAGAAGCGACGAGAGCAUGCCUGCCGUCCUUGUGAUCCAGUCUCAACAGAGAACUCGCCUGUGCCACGACAUUCCGGUUUUAAAGGAAUGCCCGAUUUUGCCGGUAAAGCCUGAGAUAUCGGAUAUGGAUCUUCCUCCACUUGGUUGGCAAUCCUUCAUCGCGAGACGACUUGUCACUCACUAUCUGUACCUCUCUGCCUGGAUUGAACAUCUGACUCUGCUUGCAAGAUAUGGCGACGUUCCUCUCUGCAACCUAGAAAGCGACGAUCCGCGCUACCUCAUCGACAUAUCGUACGCGAGACGACUUCAGCAGAACAACGUUGUCCUUUGGUGGUCCGCUGGCCCACGGCCCGAUCAUGCAGGUUACGAGAAAGACGAUAUCCUCGGCCCCCUGGAAAGGGUCAACAUGCCUCAAGUCAACAUGCCGGGAUCCUACUCGACUGUGUGCAUUGAACUGGAGGUCCGCAACCUUUCCAUCAACACCAUCCUCACCUCUUCGAUUAUCAGCGAGAUGGAAGGAGCCGAUACGCUACUGGCUUCAUCUGAGCCGUCGGCAGAAGCUAACGGUUCUGGCGUUCUCUAUUCGGAGAAAGCCUUUGCUUCUGCUGGUGCUCUUGUCUUGCGUGAAAUGGUGAAACAUUGGUGGACGGAAGCCUGCGAAGGGAAUAGUAUGGCCGACAUCAUGGUGCAGCAUCUGAUUCGAUGGGUGGAGAGCCCGAAUUCGUGUCUCUACGACCGUUCGUUACAUCAUUACGUGCGGAUGCUGUCGCGAAAGUCAUUCCAGCGCCUGAUGGUUGAAUUCAGACGUGUUGGGUCGAAUGUCGUCUUCGCCAGCUCUACGCGCCUUCUGCUUCAGACCACCAAGACCGAGGUGGGAAAUGCUUAUGCGUACAGUCAAUACGUUCUGAAGUCCAUCAGGGCAAACCCCUCGUUCCAUUUUAUUGAUCUUGAGAUUAAGGAGUACUGGGACUACUUGGUUUGGUAUGAUGAGUUUAAUUACGGAGGCAAAGGCUGUCGGGAGGUGGUUGGUGAUGAUGAACAGCAACUGGAAACGGUGAUGCAUUGGCAACUUAGCCGUUUCCUUCCAGCACCAAUGCAGACCAUCUUCCAUGAUUGGGUUGUUGAGUAUGUUGAAUUGAUGCAUGGCGUCAAGCGGCCCGACGACGAUGAACUCUCGUCGACCCCUAGGCUGACGCAAAUUCCUCGCCGUUUCGAUGAAGCGGAGAACGACGAACUUACUUCGAUCUUGACGGAUCGGUUCUCGAAGCCUCUUAAAAAACAAAUCUCUGGCCUCAUCCGCCGCCAGCGUGAUGAAAUGCUACAUCCAGAGCUCGCAUCCGAAUACGCCUUCCCAGUCCUUCCCGGAGUACUGGUGGACCCUAAGGACGACAAGCGCAAUCCCGCGUUGGAAUUGGUAAAAUUGCUCAUGCAAGUCCUGAGCCUAUCCAAGAUGACCACGCUAGAGUCAAGAUUGCUUCGACGCGAACUCCUGGCGCUAUUCGAGGUCCGCGAAUUCAGCAAAGAAGGUCGCUUUGAGAACCCAAGUGCAAGCCUAAAACUCCCCGAGAUAACGUGCAAUGCCUGCUGUCUCAUCCGAGACCUGGACCUCUGUCGUGACGAAGACGUGCUUCCUGAUCCUGAGUCAGAUACGAGCAAGGCAGCCACUAAGCCCUGGCGCUGCCCCUUCUGUCAGACCGAAUACGAUCGGUUGGCGCAGGAAGAAAUCCUCAUCGGUCAAGUCCAUGGUAUGAUUGCCGGUUGGGUCACACAGGACCUCAAAUGUGGCAAGUGUGGUGGGCUCAAGGUCAGUGAUUAUAUGGAGCACUGCUCGUGCAGUGGUCCCUGGGUCGAGACUAUGGAUCGGAAAGAGAUCGAGAAGAAGCUUCGGGUUCUGGAGAGUGUGGCCAAGUUCCAUGGACUCAAGUUGCUGGAGAAUGUCGUGGAGGAGGUGCUGGCUCAAAUAUAG